CGUGCAGUUUCAUUGGAUACAUUUCAACAAUUUGAUUAUUUUGAAAGAUAACAAGUUGCAAAAUGAAAGUAAAGAAACUUAAAGAAAAUGGAAUAAAGAAAAAGAGUAGAGAAGAAGUGGUAGAAAUAGUUGAUAUGGAAAAGCCUCAGACAUUGAAACAAGAAACAGAAAACAAAGAGUCAAAGAAAGGAAAAAAGAGAAAGUCAGAAUCUGUAAAGGUGGCUACCCCAGAAGUUAAACAACCUAAAAUAUCAGACAAACAGAAGAAAAAGAAAAGUCAAGAACAAGUUGAUGAAACACAGAGUGAUAAACCAAAGAAAAAGAAAAACAGUGGAAAAAAUAAGAAAGGAAAACAUAAGACAUUGUUCAUUGGUGGAUUGGACACUAAAAUUUCAAGGGAGGCAAUAACUGAAUUCUUCACAAACCAUAAUAUUACAUUGUAUGAAGUUAGGAAGAAAAAUGGCAGAAGAUUUUGUCAUGUUGAUUUGUUAAAUCCUGAUGAUUUAGAGAAAGCUCUAGCAUUAAAUGGUAAAAAGAUUGAUGGCAGUAAAAUUAAAAUUAAUGCUGAAAAAACACAUUUUGAUGUUAAAGAAGUAGAAGUCAAAUCUCAGACAAUAUUUGUGAAAAAUAUAGAAUCCACUGUAUCUAAAGAUGCUCUACGAGAUAUAUUCCCUGGUGCUGUAAAUAUUAAAUAUCCCAAAACAAUGUCUGGUAGAAAUAAGGGUUUCGCCUAUAUUAAAAUGGACUCAAUAGAUAAAGUAAAGGAGUAUUUAAAAAAGAAGAAUCUAGAAUUAAAAGGACAGAAAUUAAUUCUUGAUACUGUAGAAGUAGGGGGAAGACACAGUAAAAUAUUAAGAGUGCGAAAUAUGAAUUUUGAAACAACAAAAGAAACAUUAGAAUCUGUAUUUGAGGAUAGCAGUAGUGUUAAACUGUGUUUGAAUGCUGCAGGUAAAUCACAAGGUACUGCUAUAGUAACAUUUGAAACUAUUGAGGCUGCUAAAAAAGCUCAGAAAGAAAAACACAAAGAAGAAGUAGAUGGUAGAAAUAUUAUUGUAACAUUUAUUGAAGAUAUUGAACAACCAACCACCCCCAAGAAAAAGAAAUUUGGUAAAGAAGAUAGAUAUGGUCGUAAGAAAAGCUCAGCCUAUGAGAAGAGAAGAAAACCUAGUAAAAUUGUGAAAAAAUCUGAUGGAAAACCGAAAUCAUUUAAAAAAUCACCUGCUUAAAAUUGAAAUUGUGAUGAAUGGAAAAAGUCUGUCAUUGGAAUUCAUUGUAACGUUUAAAGGGAAUGUAAAGAGGUUUUCUAAAAAUAAUUAUGUGUAUCAGGGAAACUGAUAGCAUCAUUUUGUACCAUUCCAAUUUUCUUAUCACAAAUAGCUUGUACAUAAGGCCCUACGUGAUUAGUGUCGUCAUCAAACACUAAGCUUUAGUGGAGUUGCAGGAAACACAGACGUCUGAUUGAAAAUGGAAAUGGUGCAAACUGAUUCUAUUAGUUUCCCCGAUAAACAUUAAAAAUUUAGAAAACUUCCAUUUUGAUCAUACUCAUGUACAGUUUGUUACUUUAAGAUUCAUUACAUAUAUGAUGCAACACUGGAAAAUUGGAUUCCAAUUUCUUUAAUGUACCAAAUGAAAGCAUGUGAAUGAUUGAACAAUAUGAUUUUGUGAUCAGCAUUAAAUUUUAAUGUGUAAGUUAAAACUGUUCAUUCAUAGUAUAUUCAUAUACUAGCCUACAAAUUACCACAUCAUAAACUGUUCAUUCUGCCGAAUCACUUAAUAAUCUUACUAAAUGAAUAAAAAGUAAUGCUUGUGAAUACUGGAACUAUAGAAUAGAAAUAAUGUUUAUUC